UUUUCGCUGACCACAACGCAUGCGUUUCUCGGCACGCAUACAAUCAUGGCGAAGGCAGCUCAAAAGGUUGGAAGCCUGGGCGCAAGAUUAGCCCAAAGAGGUCCAGAAAUGGCAAAAGGUGCUGUAGCCUUUUCUCGCCCCAAGCUACAGACAUUCUGGAAGUACGCCCGUGUUGAGAUGAAACCACCGACCUUGUCUGACCUUCCCCAGAUACAACAAGGCAUCCAGAACCUAGCUGUGGCUGUGCGAUCGGGCAAAUGGAAACAGCUCACAGUCAAGGAAGCAUGGCUGAACACCCUCAUCAGUCUGGAAAUAGUCUGUUGGUUUUUUGUGGGCGAGAUCAUUGGUAAAAGAAGUAUAGUUGGAUAUCACAUACCAGGAGCUGUAAACUUUGAUGCAGGUGUCUGAAUGCAGGUAGACCAGGAACAUUUGCUGUGCUUUAGCUCAUUAAAUAGAUUGACAGAUUAUUAAAUUCUGUGUCAAUAAUUGGCGAGUUGGGACUCAGAAACACCAAUGGCACUUUCAUCUUAAACCAGACCAUGUUUCUUUGAAAGCUUUUCUGAUACAGUAAAGAAUUCUUUGACUUAUUAAAACCAUAUCAUGGUAAAUAA